AUGUCGGAUUCUCGUGGUUAUCGCCAUCCUUUCAACGACUGCACCCACUAUCUAGGUGGCGUCGGCGACCUGGCCAUGAGUCGCCUUUCUGCUACCAUUCGUCGUCAAAAGGAUUGGUGGUUAUCUUACCGUCAAAAGACAUUCAAAAGCGACUGGAUACAAAAAGCAUGUGAUCGCGUGUGGGAAAUCCCUCUGCCUUGUGGAGAACACAGCAAGGUAAAAUUAUCAGAAAGACAGGCCGAAUAUGUUCUUGAAGAGCUAGAAGGGUACGCCUUACUUCGCGAUCAAGCGAACAAGUGCCAGGUUUCUUGUUUCGAGCGCAUAUGGGAAUCAGAAUCUCUUCUAGAGCACUCCAUUGUCUCUUCGCUUGACCAUGAGCUUUAUUCUCUGGCACCGAAUUCCACCAAAGGGACUGCGAAGCUAAUCAAUCCCUACACAUGUCCCCUCGUUUACGACAGAUCGAUAUCCGCUGACCUUCAAGGUAAUCCUACUCCCAUCUCGCCUCCUGCCGAUACCACAUACUCUGUGUCUCGCAAAUUCGCGUUAUUGCCCACAGACGUCCAGCUGACUGCUUCCAACCACCUGGAACUCUUGUAUUACAUCAACGACCUUCAUCCCAGGCACACAUCCCUUUAUGGCCUCCUCAGCACAACCCUAUCAGCCUUUAUUCCAUUAUUUGAACAUACUCUUAGCGAUCUCCACCGAAAUAAUCCUUUACCUCAGCGCAUACCCGGUCGCUCGUGGUACAGCCAAUGGACCGAACCGGAGCCACCGGAGUUCUCUGAUGAUGAAGAGGGCUGGGCUCUAUACGAGCUUGACAUGUGGCACUGGAUGUCUCACAGACCCAUCAAUUUACCUGACGUUCCAAAAGAUGGUUAUCAGGGUGGCCUGGAAGAGAGAAAGCACGUCGUAAAGCUCGGAGGUAGAAGACUACAAGUUGUCAUAGGUGCUUCGGAAACGCGGCUUGUGCGUAGUCACUCUUGUUUGCUUGGCGGGCACGUUACUGAAGUUGGUCAACACCCAGACUCCUGGGCAAGGUCAUCACGGCACCAUCGAGCCGUGGAGAUCACGCACCUAAUCCAGGAGAACGUAGUAAACAGCUCUAUUGAAUUUCGUAUGGCCGUUACCUACCCCAGAGGCUUCAACGCCGGUGACAACGGCGCCACUUUUCGAACCUGGGGUAUGCGAGAUGCUGCUCCGUGCCACCAAUUCAUAGGCGACGUGUCCAUCCGUCAAGGAACAGCUAUAGUCUUCCCAAACAUCUACCAGUACCGACAUACACCAAUUCAACUAGCUGACCCAAGGAAACCAGGGUCACAGACGUAUGAGGAAGUCGUGGCGAGGAUAAUGGAGCACGUGGAUUGGCUCGUAGAUGAAGAUGAGAUGGCGCGUCUCCGAGAGGAGAUGUUGCAGGAGCGGCGGGAGUUCGUUUCGAACAACGACGACCAUUAUUUUUCAAUACCUUUUGAUGUUUUUAAUGGUCCAGAGGUUCUCCUAUAUCCAUAG